CGAGAGCCCCGUAUGUGGUCAUUCUAUUUUUUGUCCUUUGUAGUAGCAAGACGUGUCAAGCAUGGGAAAGAAAGGGAAGAAGGGAGCUGGUAAGAAAAAAGGUUCGAAAAGUUCUACUGCAAGCAGUACGGAGAGAAAGAAGGUGGAAGAGCCGAAAAUGACGAUGGAAGAAGCGAGACUGGCGUUUCUAAUAAACGUGAAGAAGAGGUCGUGCGAUGAGUUUGAGAAAGAGCUGGAUAAAUUGAAACUCGAUAGGGAAUGUCUGAGGGAGAAGAACAGGAGAUUAAAGAUAGAGCAGCUGCGAUAUGUAAAGGAUCUUGCAGGACAAAUGAAGGAGCAAGAUGCUGAGGCUGCUCAGGCUGCAACUGUUGCUCGUGAACACGUCGAAGAAGCAAUAAGAGAAAAACUACAAGCUGCACGAGACGCAGAGAACGAUAUCAAGAAAAUGAAGGAGAGAAUACAAACAAUAAAGCUCAGCACUGAAGACUUGAAAAGAGAAGUGAAACUGCAAGAAAGAUACAAAGAUGUCGGACAACACAAAGACAGAGAGCAAAUUAACCUUUUAGAAGAAACUUUGAUGGACUGGCAGAGAGACCUUGAACAAACUGAAAAGGAUUUAAAGAAAAGCCUCAAACUGACUCGUAGGGAAAUAAACGAACAGGCAGAAGAGCAGAUUGGAACGCAGCGACAUACUGCCGCUGAAUAUGCCAUUUCUCAUCUUGACAGGGGCACUCGAAAGCAGAUUAUUGAAAACGAGAGACUGCACAGAGAGAUUAAAAUACAUCGUGAUGCCGUCGGGGUGUUGCGUUUGGAGGUCGAGGGUCUAGAGAAACGUAAUCUGGACAUGCUGACAGAGAUGAUGAAAAACGCUGGAGAUGAAUUAGCCAUAGCAACGCAGUUCUAUAUGCCCAGAGUUGAGCAUGAGGAGGACGACGAGAAUGAUGAGCUGGAUCUCACACACGACGACGAUGAAACCGGAACGUACUCAUCAACAGAUGAAGAACACACACCAGAUGACGACCAUCACUUGACUAAGUCAGAGAUAGCCUCUUUGUAUGUCGUCGGCAAGGGCUUGAAGCCCGAGAACAGUGAGGCCAACGAAGGAGCCAGUGCAAAAAGCCCUGGCAAAUGGCCUGUCACAGCCAACAUGCUGAAAUCAGUGCUAUCCACUUCAUAACGAUUUUAAAACAGAUUACUUAAUUAAAUGUUUUCAUUAAGUAAAAUACAAUGACAAUGAAUUGUAUGUACGAAGAUUGUGUUAUAUACAAAGAGAGUAGACUA